CCUCCUGCCCACGCACUUUCGCAAGAAGAGCACACCUCGCCCUUGUUCCCCACACCAUAUCCAUAUCCCCGCCAUGCACGCCCAAGCCGCAGACGCAAGUCGCAGACGAGGAGUCCUUUAUAUCCCAAGCCCCUCCCGACUCAGUCCGACCCCUCACCCCUCACACCUCGCACUUUCGCACUGCAUCCCUAGACAACCCCCGUAGUCGCAGGACUGAAUUGAACACAUCUCCAGGCGACGCACAGAGCCGGGUAUCCGACCUUCCAAGUAUCGCAAAACAAACCCUGCGACGAAACCAAAUGGGCAGGUCAGACCCACCCCCCCUGCGCGCAACCGACCUCACCCGCUGGCGGCUCCGCAGCGAGGACGGCAGGCAGACGUGGCAUUACCUGGAAGAUGAGCGCGCGGCGAGCGCGUGGCCGCAGACGCAUGCUGAUAGGUAUUGGCUGGAUCUUGAUAUGAACGUAUCCACCCUCCCCACGGCACGCACCCCUCUCGAGUCCGCGCGCAACGGUCUCACCUUCUUCAGCAAGCUGCAAUGCGAGGACGGCCAUUUCGCCGGCGCAUAUGGCGGCCCGCAUUUCCUCACCCCCGGAUACAUCAUCGCCAUGUAUGUCUGCAAGCAGACGAUCGACGAACCGUCGCGGAUCGAGAUGGUGCGGUACCUGUUGAAUAUGGCGAGUAAGGAGGACGGCGGGUGGGGAAUCCACACGGAAGGCGUCUCGACCGUCUUUGGCACCACCCUCAACUACGUCGCGUGCCGCCUGCUCGGCGUGGACCGCGACCACCCGGCCAUGAUCAAAGCGCGCGCCACGCUGCACCGGCUCGGCACCGCUCUCAGCGUGCCCUCGUGGGGCAAGUUCUGGCUGGCCGUGUUGGGCGUGUAUGAGUACGAGGGGAUGAACCCUGUUCCGCCUGAACUCUGGCUCCUCCCCUACGCCCUCCCCAUCCACCCCGGCCGCUGGUGGAUCCACACGCGCAUGGUCUACCUCCCCAUGUCCUUCAUCUACGGCCAACGCCUCCGCGGCGAGAUCACACCCCUGCUCGAACAGCUGCGCGAGGAACUGUAUGCGCAGCCGUAUGCGAGCAUUGAUUGGGAUGCGCAGUGUAAUAACAUUGCGGAGGCCGAGGUGUUUUAUCCGCAUACGAGGGUGUUGGAUGGGUUGAAUGUGAUUUGCAAGCUGUACGAGAAGAUCGCCCCGCGCAAAGUGAGGCAGUGGGCGGUUGAUGAGGCGUGGAGGCAGCUUGAGAUGGAGGAUAAGAACACAUCUUUUGGGAAUCUUGCUUCGGUCAACAAGCCCAUGAACAUGCUCUGCACCUACUUCAAACUCGGCCCCACCCACCCCUCCUUCCAGGCCCACCUCUCCCGCUGCGCCGACUACAUCUGGCUCUCCCCGCAAGGCAUGCACUUCAACGGCACCGACGGGUCCCAGGUCUGGGACACCGCCUUCCUCUGCCAAGCCGCCUGCGAGUCCCAGCUCGCCCUCGAGCCCGCCUUCGAGCCGAUGAUGCGGCAAGCGUUCAGCUUCCUGGACAGCCAGCAGAUCCAGCACAACGUCGACAACCACACCCGCUGUUACCGAGACAAGACGAACGGCGCGUGGCCGUUCAGCCGGCGGAUGCAGGGGUACACCGUGUCGGACUGCACAGCGGAGGCGCUCAAGACGCUGCUGUACAUGCAGAACAACCUGCCCUACAUGUCCUCGUCCUCCUUCCCCAAGAUCACCGACACGCGCUUCCGCAACGCCGUCGACAUCCUCCUCCCCAUGCAGAACGCCGACGGCGGGUUCCCCUCGUACGAGCGGCGGCGGGCCCCAACGCUGCUGGAGAAGAUCAACCCCGCCGAGGUCUUCGGCGACAUCAUGGUCGAGUACAGCUACCCGGAAUGCACCACCGCGGUCCUCCUCGGCCUCCAAGCCUUCGCCGCGCACGACGCCCACUACCGCGCCGCCGAGAUCACCGCCGCGACCGCACAGGGCGUCGCGUACAUCCGCAACACCCAGAACCCGGACGGAUCCUGGUUCGGAAGCUGGGCCAUCUGCUUCACCUACGCGACCUGGUUCGCCGUCGAGGGUCUCGCCGCCUGCGCGCGCGAGUCCUACCACUCGUCCGCGCGCGUCCGCAACGCAUGCGAGUUCCUCGUCGCGAAACAGGAAACGGACGGAGGCUGGGGUGAGACCUACAAGUCCUCCGAGACCGCCGUCUACCACCCCGCCGAGACCAGCCAGGUCGUGCACACCGCCUGGGCCGUGCUGACCCUCCUCGCCGCAAAGUACCCCCUGGGAGCCGCGGGGGGGGAGGUGGUGGAGCGCGGGGUGCGGCUGUUGAUGCAGCGGCAGCUGCCGACCGGCGCGUGGGCCCAGGAGGGCAUCGAGGGCGUGUUCAAUCGCAAUGCGAUGAUUGCGUAUCCGAACUAUAAGUUCUAUUUCCCGGUCUGGGCCCUGGGGAGGUAUGCUAAUGCCGUGAAGGAGCAGCAGGCGGAGGGGAAGAGGAUCGAAGGGGUGCAGAGUGUGGAGGUGGGGUUGGAGGGGUUGAGACGGAGGAAGCCGGUUUUGGUGGAUCGUUGAAUGUGGUGGCCGUUCGAGCAUAACGUAGAUAGUAAUGAACUUCCCCUUAAAUAUCUCCCUUAAAUAUCUCUCUCUUCCCUAAUUCCCCGAUUUCGCACCGUU